UUCCAAAUUCUUCCGGAGAAAACAAAACCCAGUUCUUCUCCCAUAAUUUUGUAAAUUAAGUAUAACCAGUUUGUACAAUUUGUAAUUUUAACCUCAAUGUAUACACACCCGGGUACAGUAACUCCAAUACUUGAAUCCCUGAAUCCUACUUUAAGGGAUAAUAUGAAGAGCAUCCUUGACAAAUAAUUUAUGGAAUAGCCUUUUUAGAAAUGGAUUCCAACAAUUUUGCGGCCAAAAACGGGCCGGAUGAGUCAGACAUCGCAAGAACCGAUGACGAGAUCAGCUAUCUAGUCAACGCAGAUGUUUACAAAAAAUGGAGAUCGCAAUACGUUGAUGAAAUUGAGUUAUCAGUAUGGACAGUAGAAAUGGUCACUUUCUCAGUUAACAACAGUUUUGAGAACUAUGGCUCUAUUAAAACCGCCAUCAGAAGAGGAGUCCCGGACAUAAUAAAACACUUUAUAUGGAUAAAGGCUAACGAUGCAGACCAUUUCUACUUCCAACACCCUGACUUUUACAAGAAUUCAUUCGCGUCUACAUUCGGGCACAAUGUACCCUCCGAACUGGGAGACUAUUGUCCAACAUUUUCAGGUGGGAUUUUGGGAUUACAGGCUGACAUAUUGGAUUCUCCGUUGGUGCUUGAGAACUUGCACCAACACAUUGACCAGUCCCUGGAAUCAGAAGUCGUCUACGAUUCUGAAAGCGAGUAUAAUUACUGGAUCAACCCAUACAAAGAGUCACCUUCGUACAUGAGGAAUUCCUCUUCCGUGAGUGUUUCACGGUCUAAAUCCGGUCGCUUCUUUGGGAACAUGUACUCCAGGUUCAUUAACAAGUUUAGGUCAAAUAGCCGUAAAUCAAGCCUGAACUCAAACCAUAGUGUACCCUACACUUCGUCGGCAUCAGCGAACUUCGCAUCCUCUAACAACUCAAAAACAAAUGCUCCAUAUCCAGUAGAACUUGAGCCCGGCUCAGUACCGAAAUAUGACACAUCUUCAAGUUUCUAUAGUGUUCAAAAUUUAGAUUUUAAUCAAUCAAACCAGCCAGAUGUGUCGAACAGAGAUAGAUUAAUAGACUAUAUACACCUGUUGAAUUACGAGAAUUUAAAUAAAAGAGAACUUAUGAAGUCAGCUUUGAGACGUAUCAGAAGAGGAACGUUUGAUACGAAGCCGUUUGCAAGGAACCUUGAGAGGUCAAGACAGCUGUCAGAUACUUUCAUAUACAAUUCAAAGUACAAGUAUUUCCCGCCGAGGCCUUCACAUCAUUCCAAGUUGAUCCAUCGCACUAAUGACUUUGACGAUUCAGACCACCAUGACAACCCAUUUUACACAAACCAUAAACCAGAGACUUCAAAGUCCUGUUUCCAUGUUUUUUGUUUGCCAAUUUGUCGCUCAAAGCCUAAGAAAGGAGAGACGAAAAAUGUCUUCGAGUACAUCCCACUCACAAACCCCAACACUUUUAACACAAAUGAACCGCCUUUUGUUGAGAUUUUAAGACCAUUUGCUCCUCCACUCCCAGUUGACACCAGUUCGACAGCUGAUCGCUUUCAGAUGACACGACAUUCUGACAACAUUAAGAGUUACAUAUCUGAUUCUGGAAUUGAAAAGUACGUCAACAGAGCCACAGAUUUUGGAGGUUUACCAAUGAUUAACACAAUUCCCGAGCAUAUAUCAUCAAAUAGCUUUGACCAGCCUUUUAGCCAAAAUGCAAGUUCAUUUGGACCAGAUAAGCUUGCCUAUGAAUCUCAUCUUCCAUACGACAGUAGGCCUAGCAGCUUACUCUCGUCAGAUUUCCGUGUCAUUGCUAACACAAUUGAUCCCGAGUCUUCCCCAGACCAGUCCUUCAAUAAUCCCGAUAUAACUCCAACUAAAAACUACGAAGAAACUUUGUCAAAUCUAGAUGUCGAUACUGAAGAUAUUGAACUUGUAACCAACCUUUCAGCCAAUUUCACACAACAAAUUAAAUCAAACACAUUCGAAGGGUCAGUGUAUAAAUUGAGUGAUGUGACAGACUUUACAGUUUUACUAUCAGAAGAGGGCGUUUUGGAGGUUAAGAGAGUUCUUUGGUGCCUCAAUUCAUAUUUUUCAUCACACAUCGAGUUCUUACCGGUUAUACCAUCACUGUGUUGUCUUCUUUUAAUGUAUUUGGCACCAAGUGCAGCACUAUGCGUGUUGUACCAGUUUAUGAAAAGGUCCAUAGAUACGUGUUCUAUGGACUGUGGAAGCAGGUUCUUCUUCAUUGAUCGAAGAGGCUUUGUUAGAUUUGUGACCUUUAUCCUCUCAGUGAUGGUUUCCCACCUGAGGAAAACAGUACUGCACUUGAGAACACUCAAAGUUGACCUUGCAGCAUGGGUUGCCAGGUCUGUUCAGACAGGGUUCUCUCAAAUUCUACCCUUUGACUACAUCGUGAGAAUUUACGGUAACUUUCUUUUUGAGGGCGAGAUGGUCCUGCUGAGGUACUCAGUGGCUCUGAUAAAGUGUAUCCGCUUGAAACUUAUGGAAUGCACAACUAAGCGGGACGCGGAACAGUUACUAUACCACAUUGGCCUUGACCCUGCAGUUCACAUCGACAAGGUUACCAAGGUAGCGUACAGUCUUCGAAUUAAGAAGUUUGACAAGAGAAUCAGCUCAGUUGAGACCCCAUCCCCUUACCUUAUGAAUGUUAAAAUCAGGCAUUUUUACAGACCAAGGCUUCACUCAAAAUCCUGCAUUCUCUCUGAAACUAACUGGGAGUUCAUCUGGUUUAACCUCAAACCAACAUAUCGCAUUCUGGAUCCACGUAGACUAUAUUGUUCGAAUAAGCACGGAAAUUCUAUGACUGCGGUAAUAAAGAGGAUAACGGAGCAUGAAAUUGAAUCAAGCCCUGCCUUGCUGUUCAUUAAAACCACUAAGCUAAACGUCCUUGGCGUUUUCAUACCAACUCUACUUAACAACCCAAUUAAUGGACAUUUUACAAUACAAGACGUACCACAAGUGGACUCGUUUGUUUUUACAUUGGCCCCAAAUGAGAGCGCUUUCAACUUCAGCGGGAAGAAUAAGGUGGGCGUUAAGCUGUCUAAGGACAACAUCGUGGUGGGGGCAAAACAACCGGCGUUUAUAGUUGACGGAACUCUGUCCUCAGGAUUCACAGCAGAGUGUGAAUCUUACGACUCGCCGCCACUUUUACAAGGAAAUCGGUUCAGUGUCUACAUGAUAGAGAUUUGGACACUGUCAUAGUAAUAUACUAGAAAAUCCCUAACAUAAAUGCUAUAUAAAUUAGAUUCAUGUAAUACUAGAAAAUACAUAACAUAUAUGUUAUGUA